ACAAGACGCUGCACCCCGAACCGAAUUGCAACUCGUAUUGCAACAGUAGCUGCUUUUAUAGGGAUCCGAGCGACCCGCUCUGAUCACAACCGUACAACCAUCAAAAUUGUCCCCAAAACUGACAGCAACACACCAAGUCUCGGCCCGCAAAGCCGCCGCCAACAGAAAAGAUACUCGAUGCAGACUGAUGUGGACAGAUCACUACGGCGGCGGCUGGAUUCUCCGCAUCGGCAGAUCACAUCGGCGCCGCCGGCGCAGCUGCCGGACGACCUGAUCCACUACAGCAUCCUCGCCCGCCUCCCCUUCCGGCUGCUCCUCCGCCUCGCCCCCGUCUGCAAGGCGUGGCGCCACCUCAUCCUCCACGACCCCGUCUUCGCCCGCGUGCAGGCGCAGUGCCCCUCGCCGGCCUCCGGCGUCCUCGCCCGCUUCCACCAGGGCCGGCUCGAGGUUCUCGCCCCCGGAGCCGCAGCCGCCGCCGUCGCCCCGCCGGACGCCGGCCUCUCCUUCUUGCCCGUCGCCGACGCGAACCGGCAGCACCUCCGGCUCUGCUCCACCACGAGCGGCCUUCUUCUGGUCACGACCGGCAGCACCUUCUGGGUCGUCAACCCAGCGACCCGCGCGUUCCGUGAGAUCCCAUACGCCGGCGAGGGCGCUUUCAGGGCGUGCCUCGCGUACGACCCGGCGACGGCGCACCAGGAAAGCUACCACCUCGUCGUCCCUGCCCGGGCAAACAUGGAGCUGUGGAGGUUCUGGAUCUUCUCCUUCUCGUCGCUCUCGCGCGGAUGGCGCGCGUCGUGGGCGACCGUGCGGAUGCCGCCGUACGGCGGUGUGCAGCCCAAGGCUUUACACCUGGGCGGGCUCUCGUACUGGCUUUGCAACCGCGGCGACGUGCUCUGGUACAACUACGGCGCCGACGCGGCGGGCAAGCUGCCGCCGCCGCCGCACGGGAAGAAGAGGCCGUCCUCCCUGGUCGACGGAGGAGGGUACAUGGAGGGCAGCAGGGAGCUGGUGGCGUGGCGCGGGCGGAUCGCGAUGGUGUCAGCGAGCCCCGCCCUGCUGGCCGUGUGGGCGCUGUCGUCGUCGCCCUCCUCGGGCAAUGCCUCGCCGGCGCGGUGGGAGAUGGUGCACCGGAGGAGUGUUGACUGGGAUGAAAUCCCUGGCAUGGCGCCCCCCGCGUCGCGCUUCCUGUGGUCGGUGGUGCCGGCGGGAGUGGACGUCGGCGCGGACGAGGUCUUGGGCCUGGCGAUGCGGAUCGGGUACAGGCAGCGCCGCGGCCACGGCGUGGGUGGUGGUGUUGACAACGAGAAUGUGUGGCGUCGCGAGGUGUUGCGGUACGACAUGCGUACCGACGCCACGGCCACGGUGGCGGAACUGGUCGGCAGGGAGAAGCACGACGACUUCGUCGUCUUCGGCUACCACUCCAGCAUGGCGCCAUUGUACUAGCAGCUAAUUAAAACCUCUCCAUCUCAAGGUUUUUUCUGACAGUAAUUUGAUGGAACUCGAUCAUCGCAGGUACUGAUAGUAUUCUGGAUACUUCACUUUUCAGCUAUCUAUCAAUGUCUCCGUUUCUAAAUAUAAGCCUUUUUAGCAAUUUCAAUACGGACUACAAACCAAUGUAUACAGACAUAUUUUAGAGUGUAUAUUCACUUAUUUUGCUCUCCAUGUAGUCCAUCUUGAAAUAUCUAAAAAGACUUAUAUUUAGAAACGGAGGAAGUAUUAUAUUAUCAAAACAUAAUGGUCUAUUUGAAUCUCUCAAAAUCCUAGCUAUUCUCAGCAUGAUUUUGCGGAAUCUCAAAGAGGAAGAGGUUAUUUGAGGGGAGAGGCAGAUGUUUAUUUUCACUACCUAUUUUUACAAGAAUCUUUUUGGUCCUGCAGAAUCUAAUGUACAUGUUUACUUAGGACCCGAGAGUUAUUAGAUAAGAUGUUCAUAGUGCAAUUAAGAAGUAAUGCUGCCAUUUUUCAAUUAAAGCAUAACAAGGCUGCUGGCCUGAUGGUUUAGCUAGUGAA